CGGCAAUGUUUUACAUGCAUCCUACAGGUGGCCGGCCUUUCCAUUUGACUCUGCGAUCGAUUGACUGAGCUGUCAGCGAUGAAUCUAGGUUUUGUGCCUAUAAAGGAUCAAGGGGGCUGGGCGGAACACGGCUUGGAGCCGUACCGUGUGUUUCACAUUUCGAAUUUUCCGUUGCAUGUAAUUUUAAAAGGGCAUCACUUUCUUCCAACCUUAUGCCCACCUUGCUCCUACCUUGCUCUCUCUAACACUGGCUGUAUUUUUCAAUGGCUUCCCUCGGUAUUACAACUAUACCCCACGAAUUAUUAGGAGAGGUUUUCGUUCGCUGCUCAUACUAUUCUGCUGAUGCACCCACCAUUCUGUCUACGGUGUGCCAACGAUUUCGUGUCGUAGCGUUGAAUACCCCCCGUGCUUGGCGCAGUCUGCGACUUUCUGUAUGUCGAGAAAAGGAACGUGAGGCUAUUCGCAAGGCAGCCCUCUGGUUCUCCCUCUCUGGCGUCUGCUGCCUCGACCUGUAUGUCGACAUCGAAGGGCAGACGACCAAAAUACCCGAGACUCACCCAUUCCUCAUUGCAUUUCUCCAGCGUCACACCACCCGCAUUUCUUCUCUGAACGUCCGUUCAGAAACAGAGAAGGCAGCGCAUUCUUUCUUAGACGCGUUGUACUUCCCCCUUCCAUUCUCUCCUUCCCCAACCCAGCUACCGCUAAAAACAUUAAGGCUUCGCGUGGCGUCCGAUACUCCGGGUCUUCCUGCAACUUCGGCCGCUACGUCCGUAUUCCAUUCCUUCACUCACAUCCCGCAUCUGAAAUCUCUACAAUUGACCAAUCACAAACUACCCUCGCUUUUCACUCCGGAUUUUCAUAAUCUCCAGACCCUGACUAUUGCCCGCCCACUCCGAGCCCCUCCAAUAUCCGUUCAGCAGCUUUUGCAGAUCGUACAUGCCGCGCCUUUUCUCGUGAACCUAGAGAUUGCGUCACGCGUGGUACAUGCGGAAACUCACCAGCCCCUGUUUGAUGAGCUGUACCUCCCUUACUUGAAGAGCCUCUCGUUGAGGACAAACGAGGUCCCCUCGCUCAUUGAGGUCCUCGUUGCUCCGGUAUUGGAGGAACUUCAUAUCAACGAUUUGGACGGAAAGCGACAUGGGGCGUCUGCCGAGUUAACGCAGUCACUACAGACUGUCAGCCGCAAACUCAUGUCCAGAGGGGUGUUGGAUUGGUGUGUCAAGCGUAUGUACAUCACGGGGCUUUCGCUUCACCGUGAUGAUCCAGGUGCUCAGACGUGGGAAUGGUGCUUGGGACGGGCGAGGGCAUUGGAAGAGCUUUCCGUUUCCAGUAACGACGAGGAUUUCGAAGUGUUGGUCAACUUUCUUGUUGGGGGAUGUGCGGGAAGCUGCGUAUGCCCCUUGCUCAGGAUGAUCCACGUCAAUGGACUCGAGUCUUUCGAUGGGAUGGAACGAUUGAAAAGAGAGAGGCCCAGUAUUGAGGUAAUUAUGGAUUUGGAAACGCGUGGCGUUACUUCGCGGAGCUCGUCGCGUGACCGUCGACCAGGCCAUCUGUCGAGGUAUGGCAGUGGCAGUGGAUUCGGAUUCGGAUUCGGGUCACAAUUUGCUAUUCAGCGCAGUGGCUCGAAAAUUCCCGUCACCGGGAGCGAUGAAAAACACAGACAGCUGGUUCUUGCUGUCGAUUGUGAAGAUUGGUAGUUUCUAUUCUUGACUAGACCGUUGUCCUUGGUUCUUUUUUGUUGUCUUGUCCAACUAUUUGGAUAUACGGUACAACUACACUUUUUGUAUCGCUAGGGAUCUAACAUAUGUUGAUGAUUACGAAAAUGUAAGAUAAAGAAUAUAUCUAAUACUG